GCCCCUCGUAUCACACGCAGACUCACACGGCCCUAGCGCACGUAACCAGCGUAGUGUCGUCUGCUUAGGUUUGAAUCCCAUUCAGUCCACAACCGCUGCGCGUCGCCACGUCGUCUGUUGCUGCCUAUUACUUCUCUCUCGGUAGCAGUCAGCUAGUACAGCCAAUAUGUCUGAUUCGGCCGCGUCACCAGCCAAGGCUAAGAAGGCACGGAAGCCCAAGGCGCCAGCCAGCCAUCCAAAGUAUAAUGAGAUGAUCAAAGCAGCCAUCUCCAACCUGAAGGAGCGCGGCGGGUCUUCUCGUCAGGCCAUCCUUAAGUACAUCCUGGCCAACUACAAGAUCGACAACGCCAAGCAGGCCAACGUGCAUCUCAAGCUGGCGCUCAAGCGCAUGGAGAAGUCAGGUGACCUGAAGCACGUCAGGGGCAAGGGCGCGUCCGGGUCCUUCAAGGUCGGCAAGGAGGAGAAGCCCAAGGUCAAGAAGGUGAAGAAGCCAAAGCCAGCCAAGAAGCCAGCGGCCAAGAAACCGAAAGCCAAGAAGGCCAAACCCGCCAAGAAACCGGCUAAGAAGGCAGCCAAACCCAAGGCCAAGGCCGCCAAGAAGAGUCCCAAGAAGAAACCAGCCGCCAAGAAGGCAGCCAAGAAGACGCCCACGAAGAAACCCAAGGCAGCAAAGAAGCCAGCGAAGAAGGCCACAAAGACCAAGGCGAAGAAGACAGUAAAGAAGACGGGGAAGAAGUAAUCAAAUGUGGACAUUUUUGAGCCGUCGUCACUUCGUUGUAUGAAGUGGUCGCUGUACUGUAGACUUUCAAGUGUAUAUAUAUAUUUGCAUACGCGAUGUGGACCGACCAAGGACAUAGAUGGCCGAUUAUUUUUAUCCGGUAGAGUGAGUGAGUGAGAGUCGUCAGUCAUCAGAUGUUUUAUUUUAAAGACAAAAACCGCUGAAGGUUGUUAUUUACAGAUUUGACUGUAUUGUCUAUUGUGAGCACAGAUGUAUCUGGUAGGAAGAGUAGAUAUCAGUGUCAAGAGAAAGUACACAAAUCUUAUUUUCUAAAGUUGUGGGAAAUGUAUUAGCCUCUACCAGGCUUCUGGAAGCGGUUGGAAAGAGUAGAAAUCGGCCAAAUAGAAAGACAACAUGCCAGGGGAGUUUGGUUCGGGAUCGGCAAACUGUUGUCUCUAGCCGACCAAACUCCCCUGGCAUGUUGUCUUUCUAUUUGGCCGAUUUCUACUCUUUCCAGUCGCCCUCCGAAGCCUGGUAGAGGCUAGAAAAUGCAUAUGUUAUGAUUCUCAUUACAAUCACUAUGUAAAUGUUAGGAACACACGUUUCCUAUACUGGUCGUCUUGUAUGUGAUAUUGUUGCGAGCGGUGCUGUAUUUAUUUAUGGUAGUCCGAUGUCAGAACUGGGAGGUGGACCAAUGGAGUAACGUGCGUGUAUCAAAGAUGAAAUAAAAUUUUCAUGGAGAUCUUGA